CACACGGAGGUGGGAUUUUAGGUACCGUCCAUCUUCAGCUACAUUACAGUGAGCGAGCUUGUCGAAAAGAAAACACAAUUUGGAAGUAAAGAAGACUUUCUGGAAUAAGUUUUGGCUGUAUUUGAAAAAAGACAAACGAAAGCCCAUAUCCUAGCUUACUCUGUGACAGACGGAAUGUGGACAUUGUCGUAGUCAGAGCCAUGGCUGACAAGAGAAAACUUCAAGGUGAGAUUGAUAGAUGUUUGAAAAAAGUAGCUGAAGGUGUAGAACAAUUUGAAGACAUUUGGCAAAAGCUCCACAAUGCAGCCAAUGCAAACCAGAAGGAAAAGUACGAGGCUGACCUCAAGAAAGAGAUUAAAAAACUACAGCGAUUGAGAGAUCAGAUAAAAACAUGGGUGGCCUCAAACGAAAUCAAAGACAAAAGGCAGCUAGUCGAGAACCGCAAACUCAUAGAGACGCAAAUGGAGCGGUUCAAGGUGGUGGAACGAGAAACAAAAACAAAAGCAUACUCUAAAGAGGGCCUGGGGCUCGCGCAGAAAGUGGAUCCAGCUCAGAGGGAAAAGGAGGAAACGGGAACGUGGCUUACAAAUACGAUAGACACUCUAAAUAUGCAGGUGGAUCAGUUUGAAAGUGAGGUAGAAUCGUUGUCAGUUCAAACGAGGAAGAAAAAGGGCGAUAAAGAGAAACAGGAUCGUAUUGAGGAGCUCAAGCGGUUGAUCGAGAGGCAUCGAUUCCACAUUCGAAUGUUAGAGACCAUUCUACGAAUGCUGGACAAUGACUCGAUAGCGGUGGAUUCAAUCUUAAAGAUCAAGGAUGAUGUAGAGUACUACAUUGAUUCCUCUCAAGAUCCAGACUUUGAGGAGAACGAGUUCAUCUAUGAUGACCUGGACUUGGAAGACAUCCCUGCAGCUUUAGUUGCGACGUCUCCGUCAGGGCAGGGAAAUGUGGAAGAUGAGAUGUAUCUUCACUCCAGCAGCACUCCCACUUCCACCACCUCUUCUUCACCCAUCCCUCCAUCCCCGGCCACAUGCACUGCUGAGAACUCAGAGGACGAUAAGAAAAGGGGACGGUCGACAGACAGUGAAGUUAGUCAGUCACCUGUGAAGAACGGCACCCCAUCCCUGUUAUCUUCCUUCUCAUCCUCCACCACCUCCGGGUCCUCCUCGUCCUCCUCGCUUGUGUCCAUGGCAAGUGUAGUUGGAGGCAUUUCCGCGGUUCCAACAAGCAGCAGUCUCAUAGGGAGCUUCAGCAGCGCGGUGCAGCAACAUCAGCAUCCACCUCCACAACAGCAGCAACAACCUCAGCCACCAAACCAACCACAGCAGCAGCAACAGCAGCAGCCACCUCAGACAAAACCCUCUGUCCCCUCAAACAACACCCCAAGCCCACCCAGCAACCCGCUCCUUCCUGCCUCAACUGUCUCCUCUCUCCCCAUGCCCAGCACACCCAUUUCAUCAGCGCCCAACUCUCAGCCUCAGCCCACAUCAGGACCCACACCUGCAUCCAGUUUGGGACUCGGGUUGGGGCUGGGAUUAAGCAAAGGUGUCUUGACGGGGACCAGCAGCGCCAGCCAAAUGUCCGCUUUAGGCCUGGGUGGCCAUCCCACUGCUCUAAAUACAAUAGCAGGGCUCAUUUCGGGCUCCACACCUGCCCCCUAUGCUCAGGCAGCAGCACCAGGAGGCUUGGGUUUGAACAGCACCACCCAGUCCAGCAUUUCAGUCGAGAGCAGCACUUCCAUUCCCACCUCUGGCUCCAGUGGAGUCACCACCAACGGGGCGGGGACAGGGCUUGGUCUGCUGGGCUCCAGCCCAGCUCACAGCUCUUUAAGCGGGAGUAUUCUGGGGCUGGUACCCGGGCAAAACAUAGCCCCUGGUGCCUCUCAGGUGCCACCGAGUUCUGUCAGCACUACCCCCGGUGUGGUUGGCAUGAUGGGGGGCAAUGGAGGGAGUGUUGGCGUGGUUGGAGGAGUAGGAGUUAAUGCUGCCCCUGCAAGACCACCUAGUGGACUGAAGCAAAAUGGAAGCACAAGUUACAGUGCUGUGGUGGCAGAGAGCUCCACAGAAUCAGCUCUAAGCACACCGAGCCAGUCACAAAGCAGCCAACCGUCAUCUCUCAGUUCUUCAACCAGUCAGCCGAUGGACAACGGCCCCAGUUUAAUCAGCUCCAUCACCCUGCCUCCCAGCUCUCCGUCCCCCUCGUUCUCAGACAGCACACCUGGAGGAGGAAGUCUUCUCAAUGGGCCUCACUCCUACACACAGGUCUCUGAGGGCCUUAAGGCCCCAGAGCCUCUCAGCUCUCUGAAGGCGAUGGCUGAGAGAGCAGCGCUGGGAUCAGGCCUGGAUGGAGAGAUCCCCAACCUGCACCUAACAGACAGAGAUAUCUUCUCUGGCUCAUCUGCAGCGCCCGGCACACCUGCCGUGCCUCAGCCGUCCGUGUCAGAGGUCAGCAUCCCCCCCUCGCUUGGGGUCUGUCCGCUUGGCCCCACCCCUCUACCUAAGGACCAGCUGUACCAGCAGGCCAUGCAGGAGUCUGCGUGGACACACAUGCCUCACCCCUCUGACUCAGAGAGGAUCAGGCAAUACCUGAUGAGGAAUCCAUGCCCCACCUUGCCAUUCCAUCACCAGGUACCACCACAUCAUUCUGACUCCAUAGAGUUCUACCAGAGACUGUCCACAGAGACGCUCUUUUUCAUCUUCUACUACCUGGAGGGCACCAAGGCUCAGUAUCUGUCUGCCAAGGCUCUAAAGAAACAGUCAUGGCGGUUUCACACCAAGUACAUGAUGUGGUUCCAGAGACACGAGGAGCCCAAGACUAUCACUGACGAGUUUGAACAGGGCACUUACAUUUACUUUGACUAUGAGAAAUGGGGCCAGCGGAAGAAGGAGGGAUUCACCUUCGAGUACAGAUUCUCUCUGUACCACCUACCCGACAUCAGCCUGGAAGCCUUUGACUUGACACAACACAAACCUUGGAUUUGAUUGUUGAGUAACCUGCCCUUCUUGUAUUUACUGUAAUUUGGUGGUUUAGAAAGGGGAGGUACAGCGGACAUUUAGUCAUGGUGUGUAGGACUGGCUUCUUUUAAGACCCUACGAUGCCUGUUGAAUAUGGUCACUAUUAGGGAUAGUGAGCGUUUAUCAAUAGUUUUAUUGAUAUUGUCUUGGUCGAUUUAAAACGCUGAUUGAGAGUGACCACAGGGCCUCUCCCUGUGACAGGGAAAGAGUCCUUAUUGGACAUGGAUUAAAUUGCUAUGCAAUUGAACUGGUCUCUGACUCCCUCUCUUUACAAAUAAAAUGUUUUUAAGUUAA